ACGGACCACACCAUGGGUCAGGUGGGCCCGACUUUCUCAGGCGCCACACCACCAAUGACAUAUUCAAUUACAAGUUGGACAACCAGUCGAUUAGCUCCACAAAUACGUUUAUGACCAAGUUCAAAAAGAGACAGAGUUUUGAUAACAACCUCAUUGUCACCAAUACCGGCACCCAAAUGGCUCGCGCCAGCGUGGACUCUGUCAACACGGAGGUGAGUCGCAUGCGAGGGUCCAUUUUGGUCAAACGGAACUUGACCUUGAAAAAACUCCAGAACAAGCAGAAGUUCUAUGACGACGAUAAGGUGUUGAUCGGGAACAAAAUCAGUGAGGGUCACGAGAACUUCGUUAUGGCUUAUAACAUGCUUACGGGCAUCCGAGUGGCUGUGUCACGUUGCUCUGGUGUCAUGAAAAAAAUAUCGGACAGCGACUUCAAAUCAUACACGAAGUUGACGUUUAACACUGACGGAAGCGAGAUGACGCCGUCUUCAAAGUAUGACUUCAAAUUUAAGGACUACUGUCCUGAAGUAUUCAGGGACUUGAGAAGUACCUUUGGAUUGGACCAAGCGGAUUAUUUAAUCAGUAUUACUGGCAAAUAUAUCCUUUCAGAAUUGGGUUCACCGGGGAAGAGCGGGUCAUUUUUCUACUAUUCGAGAGAUUUCCGCUUCAUCAUCAAAACCAUACACCACUCAGAGCACAAACAGCUCCGCCGCAUCCUCAAGGAAUACUACAGCCAUGUGAAGUCGAAUCCCAAUACUUUGAUUUCUCAAAUAUACGGAUUACACCGGUUGAAGAUGCCUUUACUCAACGGGGUCAAGAGAAAAGUCCAUUUUAUUGUGAUGAACAACCUUUUCCCACCCCACAGAGACAUUCACUUGAAGUAUGACCUAAAGGGAUCAACAUGGGGCCGAUAUACCAAGGCUGAGGAUGCAGAAACUAAGCCGUUGAAGGAUUUAAACUGGCUCGAAAACCACGAAGCCAUAAAGUUCGGCCCCCAUAAGCGCAAGGUGUUUAUGGACCAACUUCAAAAAGACGUGGAGCUUCUCAAACGUAUCAACGUCAUGGACUACUCCCUUCUCAUGGGAAUCCACAAUACCAAAAAUAAAACCAGCGGGUCCAUUACCAAAACCAAGCUCAGCAUAUUCGACCCCAAAUCACACGACAUGCACGACGUGAUCAAAACUAACCCCCGGUACAUCGAGCCCACCGAUCUUCCUACGGACGUGUACCCAGGUCGAUCGAAAUUCAUUUUCUACGGUCACGACGGAGGAAUUCGUUCCACCAACGUCAACAACGAGCCUGAAAGCGACAUCUAUUAUCUCGGAGUAAUUGACUUUUUGACCAGUUACUCUCUCAAAAAGCGGCUCGAGACGUUUUGGAGAUCUCUCAGUCACACUCGGGAAACGGUUCUGUCAUUGCCUGCCUCGGAGUACGGAGACAGGUUUCUCAAGUUCAUCAAGGACGGCAUCACCAAGGAGAAGACCGAUUAGUUUCAACCCAAUGCUACCAAAUAUCUUGUUGCUAAACUAAGGUAUUGGAGAUCUGGGUCCCUGCAUAUGUAGAUUGGAUAUCGAGAAUGAAAUUUUAUUUGCGUGAUUA